CCCUCUCCGUGCGGAGAAGGGCAGACCAAGCUGAGGCUAAGAACAGAGCUCUGUGACUGAUACUUCAGGAAGGAGCCCUCUGGGAAUAUUCACCAUGUGCAGAGGACUGGAAGCACUUCCGAUCACCUGCCUGGAGAGGGCAAAGGAGCUGAAAGCUCUCAUCGGAAGUUUGCUCCUGAAGUCGGAUCACAUCACCGGCACGGGGCAGUUCAAGAGGUGCGACAAACCCAGGUUGAACUGCGACAAUCCUCCCGAAUGGAAAGAGUCCUUUGAAAAGCUGCUGUCCAGCCAAAGUGGGCUGUGCUUAUUCAGAGUGUUCCUCGUGUCGGAAUUCAGCGAGGAAAACAUUGCCUUCUACCUGGCUUGCGAGGACUACCGAGCAACCAAACCUUCAAAGCUGUCCACGAAGGCGAAGAAAAUCUAUGAUGAGUUCAUCGGAGCGGAGGCGCCCAGAGAGGUCAAUCUGGACCACGCGACAAAAGCCAUCACCAAGGAGCUGCUGGAGAACCCCAGCCGGUCGUCCUUCGACCUGGCCCAGUCCAAAAUCUACGCCCUGAUGGAGAAGGACUGCUACCCUCGCUUCCUCAAGUCCUCCACGUAUCUGGAGCUCUGCAGAAAGUCCAAGACGGGAUAAGAACCGUAGGGGGCCCCCGGGACUCCUCGGAUCCAACCACGCUCCUCGAAGGCAUCGGACGCAACGGCCCGAGACCGAAGAAGGUCGCGGCGCCGUCGAUGUCUCGAUCCAAGGGGGGUUUCGCGUGAAGGCGUCGUCGACGUCGCAGAGUCAAGCACUGGCGAGAGUCCGAGCUCGACGCUGGACAAGAGCCGAAGGAGGCGUACUUGAACAUGAACUCGAGAAAUGACACACACACACACACACACCAACAACCAAAACUACCACUGGAAGACAUGUCCACGGCAUAGCUGUUUAUUUAUUUAUUUAUUUAUGAAGUGAAUUUUUACUACCUGAAUGUUCCGUUUUCUACGUGUUAAUCUGAAGUACUGUACCGACGGGUGGGGGCGGGGGGUGGGGGACGAAG